AUGGGCAAAUUCCACGCCCGGUUGUAUAAAACCGACCGUGCGCGGGACUUCGACCAUGAGCAGGAUCGAUAUGUCCGCAUGCGACAGAUCUACGAGACCAUCGACAGGCAAGGCUUUCAAUGGAUUGUCGUGCUCGUCGCUGGUCUUGGGUUCUUCCUCGAUGGUUACACAUUAUUUGCCAGUAACAUGGCCCUACCAAUGAUCUCCUAUGUCUACUGGAGAGACGACAUUUCCUCAUUACGACUCACCUGCAUCAAUAUCGCGACACUUGCCGGAACCCUGCUGGGCCAGGUGACAUUUGGAUUUUUAGCUGAUAAAAAUGGGCGGAAGAAGAUGUAUGGUGUUGAGUUGGUACUCCUCAUUACAGCCACUCUAGGUGUGGUUAUGUCCUCGACCGGCGUGGACGGCAGCAUGAACGUCUUUGCUUGGCUUAUCUGGUGGAGAAUCUGUGUUGGUAUUGGAGUUGGCGCGGAUUAUCCACUUAGUGCAGUGAUCACAUCUGAAUUUGCCCCUACCAAACAUCGCGCCCGCAUGAUGGCCACCGUCUUCUUCAUGCAACCACUCGGUCAGAUCGCAGGUAACAUUGUCUCAUUGAUUGUGAUCGCGAUAGCUCGGAGUAAUAGCAGUCCGGGUGAAGAUCUCACCCGCACUGUCGAUAUAAUGUGGCGCUGGGUGAUCGCCAUCGGAGUCGUACCUGGUGCAGUCGCUACUCUUUUCCGAUUCGCUAUCCCAGAGAGUCCUCGUUACCUAGUCGAUAUCGUGGAUGAUCCCGUCACUGCAGAGUUUGAUGCAACCACGCUUUUCAGCGACACACCCGGUAUGAUUGAUUCUGUGAGCUGGGGAACCACUGCUACAUGCAGUGCUGGUAGCGCGAUUCAACUACCCCCGAUUUCAUCCAUUGCUAGCCACUCAACCUUUGACCAUGAUGACGAUGAUGAGUUUACCCGCCUACCUCCCGCUACCCUCAACUCUCACUGGCGCUUGGCACGAACCGACAUCGUGCGGUACUUCUGGACGGAAGGGAACUGGCGCAGCUUGGCCGGUUGCUCUCUCGCAUGGCUCCUUCUUGACUUUGGCUUCUACGGUAUCGGAUUGUCGAGCCCUCAAUUUUUAGCUAAGACGUGGGGCCAACUCAAUAUCUCCAAGUCAUCACCGAACUGGAUGACUGACGAUGCACCAAAUGCCAACAUCUACACAAUGUUCAUGGAAACCUCUGUGCGCGGGUUGAUUAUCCUCAAUAUCGGAAGUUUUGUCGGUGGCAUACUGCUCAUUAUCUUCGCCCAUAAGCUGGAUCGUGUUGCACUACAGAAGUACAUGUUCCUCGGACUGGCGGCUCUGUUUAUCGCCCUGGGAACCAUGUUCGUCACUCUUUAUACCGGCCCUCCAGCUGUGGUGGCAUUGUAUAUUGUUGGCCAAAUCAUGUUCAACUUUGGUCCCAAUGCAACAACAUAUAUGAUCCCCGCCGAAAUCUUCCCAACCCGAUACCGCGCAACAUGUCACGGCAUCAGCGCUGGAGCCGGAAAACUGGGCUCUAUUCUCGUACAAAUCUUCUCAACAUACUAUCACUUUGGUGCAGGUCCGGGUAACAAAUCAACCCGCAAGCACGGCAUUGUUCUCCUUGUUUUCAGCGCCUGCAUGGUCAUUGGCGCAGCAGUCACUCACUUUUGGAUUCCACCCAUUCAACAAAGACGGAAUGGGAGAACCAAGCUUUGGGGUGGUAAACCCGAGACUCUUGAAAGCUUGUCUCUUGGCCGAAUGGGCCGCAAGAGUCGAGAUGCCGAUUGUCGGAAACGAACAUCACGGCAUCGGGCACUUUCAAUGAGUGCGUAG